UUUUAAGUGAUAGAAUAAAAUUUAUAUAAACUUGAUUAAACAUGUAUAGUUAAAUUGAAAAAUUAUUAGCGUAAAAAAUUUAUUAUUUCUGAGAAUGCAUAAGGGUUCUUCAAAAGGAGUGACCGUUCCUGUAUUCCGAAUUUCCGUGACGAAUGCUUUGAACGCUAGAAUCACGACGACGUUAAAUUAACAAUCGGUGCCAGGCGUCGCGUUUCACUCAAUUUUCGAAGAACUAUAACAAGUUUUAAGUACGACAAGCGACGGCGCAGAUAUUUUCUACGAUGUACCUUCCCACUGACACGCGAUCACAUCGAUCAUAAGAAUAUAGAAAUUGUACCGAAUGUUGUACUGAAAGGUGUAUAAGGAAUUUGGCUAUAAUUGCGCUGAAAAGAUUAGGUUUUAUAAAAUUUAUUUUGAAUGGUAGUCAUGGUUCCACCUCCACCAGAGAUGAAUCUAUGCAAUUCCUUUACUUUGAAUGAUAAUUUGAAAAAUAAGAAUUCCACAACAGAAUUUUAUACAAAUGAAAUAACAAUGGAUGAAAGAGAUGAAAUAGAUUUUGUAUGGAUGCACAAAAAGUAUACCAAUAUAUCUACAAAACAUGAAACUGAGGAGGUUUUAAAUAAUCAAUUUAUUGAUGCUAAAUUAUGUGAAAAUAUAUUUCCAUGGUUUAAUAAAUUUAAUAAAAUAAUGUGUUCAUCUGUGGGGAAUAAGAGUUACCCAUUAUUAAAAUAUUUACUUCUUCUCUAUAAACAAAAUAUUUUGAAGAGUAUAAAUAUGUAUUGUGAAAAGACAUCAGAUAUGAUAAAGUUAAAAAACCAUAUAAGUAAUACAUUAACAUUUUUCCAUCUUUAUUGGCAUGAAAUUAAAGAGGAUGCGGAUGAUUGUGAUUGGUAUUUAAAUGAAAUGUCAGCAUUAUUAGGAAUGUACAUAGACAUGGAAUUCCAGACCUUUAAACAAAAUAUGGAUUCUUCUAAACUGGCAGCCAAACUUCUUUCAGUAUUGUGGAUAUAUUUAAAUAAUUCAGAAAAGUAUAUCUUCAGAGUAUUACUUAAACUUAAAUUUGUUACUAAAAAGUACUCAAAAAUAUGUGAUCCUAUAUUCAUGAAAAGUUUUACCAGUUUAGAAAAAAAUAUGGAAUCCCUGAUAGACAUAGAUUAUGUUAGAUAUUUGCUUGUUUUAAAAAUGUGGAAAAGAACGAAGGAAAACGUUAAAGAGAAAAAAGAAGUGAAUAAGAUUGCUUUAACAAUAUUGGGGUCAUGUAUACCGAAAAUGCGUGAUGAGUUGUUGAAGAUUAUACCAAAACCUCCCAUAGAAUAUGAAAAUGAAACUAUCUGGUUGUUGCAACCAAAUGUAUUUGACUUAAAAACAGCAUCCAAGAACUUCUUAGCAUUUGAGGAUGCAAUGUCUGUCCGUUUUAGGGAUUCUCAUUUAGCAAAAUUUUCUAAUUUAAACGAUUACAAUACUUGACAGAUUUUGUUCUGUGAUGUUCAAGAACAUACUACAAACCAUGAGUGCGAAAGAAGGAAAGUAAGGAAUUUAAGAAAUGAUUGUUUCUUCGAAAAUGACAUACAAUUUAAUAAAACUAUCGAUCAAAUGUUUGUAAUUAAUGCAAGAAACAAGUAUAGAAAACAUAAAAAAGUGUCGAAAUUAAAACCCGGAGAAGUAAUAUUAAUUGAUUUAACUAAGGAAGAUGAAUUGACGGUAAAUAAGAAGAAGAACAAAAGAAGAAAUAAUAAAAAAUUGGAAUGGUUACAAAUGACAAGAAAGAAAUAUAAAGUACAAAAGCAAAAUAAUGAAGUAAAGUGCAGUAGUCAAGCGGAGAUUGUAGUUCAUAGUAAAGAAAACUCUGAAUAUUUUACAGAUAAUAUUCUUUUGGAGCAUUCACCAGUUUUGGACAAUAAAAUUAGUGAAAGUACAGAAAGCUGUACUUCAUUGGAACAAGAACCAAUCAAAGAUAAUAUUCAUGUUAAUUUACAAAGCAUAUAUGGUUAUAUUUUAAAUAAAAGAAAUAACGAAUUAAAAUGUUUACUUCAACACAAACAAUGUGAUACAUCAUCAUUAAAACAAAUUAAUUUACAACGCCAUAAACUGUUAGCAUUAUUAAAACUUUUAGAUACAGUGGGACAAAAUAUUAAAGUACCAAAAACUAUAUUAAAUCUACUUAAGGAAAGUAGAGAGGAAAAUGAAAUGUCUCAACAUACCUUUAUUUCUAAAAGUACAGCCAAUAAAUCUAGCGUAAUAGAUACUCAGGGUAAAGAAGAAUCAUUCUUUCAACCGAAAAGUUCCAUAGAGACAAUACCCUUGUCAAAUGAGUGCCAAAAUAAUUUAACAAGUACACAAUCUAUAAAGCAAGAAUUAUCAACAAAUUGUAAUACGACACAAGCUGAUACAUAUUGUCGAAAUCAACCUGUUUAUGUACAAAGUGAUUGUCAUUUACAUGAUUUUAUAUCUAUGAACAGCCAUGGUUCACAGGUAACAGAAGCUGUGAAACAAAAACUUUCUUGUGACACUCAUGAAUGCACAGGUUACUGUAAAAAGAUUGAGAUGAAACCUUUUUCUUAUCAUAACAAUAGUAUAUUUAAUAUGAUAAAAAGCGAAGAUGCGACACAAAAUAGUACCACAGACAAGAAAUUAAUUUGUGACAAAAAUGUAAUAUGUAUGUUAAGCGACCUUGACAAAUGCAUGAACGUGUUAAAUCGUAUUGGUGAACAUAUUAUGACAGUACAUGCAGAAAAACAACGAUUAGACUGUUCGGAUAAAACAGAUAUGUGUACCGUUGCUACUACAAUUUCUGAAAAUCAAAUUCCAGGAUCGUCAUCCAGUUGGGUGCAAAAUAUAAAUUCCUUUACAAAUUUAGAGAAAUUGAAUAAAAUUUUAGAAUUAUAUGAUAAAAAGGAAUUACCGAAUAUGUGUAAUUGUCAAGAUUUUCACAGAUGGAAUGAUAAAGAAACCAACACUACAUUGAAUCAACUGAAAUAUGAUUCGAAUAAGUGUAAAAAGAUCAUUGUUUCGACAUCACAACCCAGAGAUUAUUACACUCACGGCAAAGACAAUGAAGAUAAGUCUUCUCGAAGUUUUCUUUGCAAUCAUAUAAAGUCUGAAAUUGAACAGUCUGUUAAGAAAGAAGAUAAUGAAAGUUUCAGAAUUUUAAGUGACGAAUCCGAACAAACGAACGAACUUAAAAUGACUCUAUUAACGAAUAAUCAUACCAACGAAUUUUAUAUGAAUGAUCCCAAAAAUAUUAAAGAACCAAAUCAAGAUGUACAUUGCGAGAAUUUUUCAAAAAAGAUUAAUAUAACGAAAACACAUUCCGUGGAUGAAUUCGAGAAUACUGAUAUUUUAGAUAACAUUCUAAAUGGAGAUAUAACCAUUGAAGAUGAGCAAGAGAUUAUGGAAAAUUGGCAGUCGCCACUGAUGUCGCCAAUUAAUUAUGAUAAUUCAAACAAUGUGUUAAAUUGUAUUGCAGAAUUUUUUUCACAAUCUGAACAUACGCAUUCAAAUAAAAAGGAAGAAAAAUAUAUUGUAACAGAUUCAGAGAAUACUCAAACACCAUUACCUGAGGGUAGUCUUGGAACAAUUGGAAUUCUAAAUUCUUUAUUCGAUUUUGAUUUAACAAAUAUGGAUUUUCCUUCAAACGAUUUUAUGUAUUCAAAUGUACAAGCAGUUAAUCCACGAUUAAUUAAAAAAUCAUUUGAAACAGAAAUUUUUUCAACCAAAGAUUACGAUAGCUCUGAAUUAAAUUCUCAGGACCAAAGUUUUGCAAGAAAUAAAGAAAAUAUUUUUUUGCAAAAGGAAAGAGAACUAUGUAGCAAUUACAAUUAUUUAAUCGAUAGUAGUGUGGAUGUGGUUGGAUUUGGAUUAAAUACAAGUAAACAAAAAUCACUUGAAUUUCCUUCGCUAAUUAAAAAUUUAUCUCCUGAUCAAUCAGCUAAUUUAGUGAAUUCAGAUGGCAUAUCUUCUGAAGUAAAAGAAUCAUUUCCUAAGUGUUGUCUUUCUAGUCCUAUUAGUAAGCUUGAUACCGAUAGUAUAACAGAAAAAUCCUAUAUUUUUCAAAAGGAAGAUACUGUUAACCAAAUCGAAUGUUUUAAUGAUACAGUAAAUCAAGUUUCAUCUGAAAUUUCUACUUCCAAUGAAAUUCCAUUAAAUCCCUCAAUAAAUUGCACAUCAAGACAGCAAGAUGAUAUUCAAUCAUCGGAUAAGCAUGUGUAUUUAGAAUUUGAAACGAAUCCUUCAUCAGUAAAACAGCCUUUAGAUUCCUGUGACUUACUGUCUUCCAUCGAUUUAAUGUCGUGCAAUACAAAUACAAUUCCACAGUGUAUAGAGGAUGAAUAUGAAAGCUCCAUAAAGCAGAAAAACAUGCAACAUUAUUGUACAGAGAAGAAAAAUUACACUGCAAAACAUAGAAUAGAAGUUUGUACACAGUCUAGAUCAUCCAAUAGAAAAUUAAAAUGUAAAAAGAAGAUUAAAAUGAAAAGAAAAAAGGAAGAAUCAUCUUCGUCUAUUGUUCAAUCAAAGCAUAAUGAAUUAAGUUUAAGAUGUUCACAGCUUACUGGUAUUAACAUUCUUAAUCAUCAGGAUACGCAGAAUACAUGUGAAUUACCUUUAUCAACAUUUCAUGUAUCAUAUUGUCAAAAAUCACCACAAAUUACAUGUACUUCUGAAAAUGAAUACAAACAGUUCAAAUGUGUAGGCAUUCAGAGAUUAAGAAAUAUAUCUCAACGAAAACAGCAAAUGUUAUUGAAUUUCCAUAACGAUACUGUGAUAGAUGCAAUUUUCAAAGAGGACCCGAAAUUAGAGAAUUUCAAACACAUCACGGAAGAUAACAUCUCGGAAGAUUCAAAUGUAUCCUGCUCACUUGAAGAUUCACAUAUAUCAGAUAAUAAAACUUCUAUAAAAUUUUUGAAAAACAAUACAGAACUUGAUGAAGAUGUUAGUAAAGUAAAUGUUACAACUGAUAUUUCAAAUAACACGCUUGUUCAAUCUGAUGCCAACUGGUCGUUACAAAAUGCAGAUAAACAGUCUUCAAAGCUUAUUGAGAAACAGAUGAUUGUAACUUUAGAUGAAGAAAUGCCCUUAAAGAGAAGAAAAUUAGCUUCAAAGCUUUCAUCAAAUUUGGAAGCAAAUGCAGUUGUGUAUUCUGUAAAUCAACAGAAAAUGCAAAAGAAACAUUUUACUUCUGUAAAAAAAGGUAUCAUAUGUGCAAGUAGACGCAAAAAAGCGAUAAGUGAGUAACAGUUAAAACAUGUACAAUAUUUCUAAAAUUAGCCUUACCCAUUCAUUAGAGUCAACAGGUGUUUUAAAUACAUUUAGAAAUGUACUUCUACAAACUGCUACGAAUUUAGAAAAAUAAAUUACUACUGUAUGAAUCUUUAAACAAUUGAUACAAAGAUACAUUAUUUAAAUGCAUUUUCUUUACAGUAAGACAAACUUUUCAGGAAUAUAAAAAGAAUUACUAUUACUAAUGUAAUAAAAAUAUUAAUAAUUAUAAUAAUUAAAUUACUUGAAUGUUUAAAAACCAAAAAGGUUGAGUUUA